AUGAGCGAUCAUUUUUUUAAUACCGAAUUUUGGCUUGCAAUCGUGAAGGAUAUUGAGACCUCUUCUUUGGUACGUGAGGGGUCCUAUAUAGUGUACGAAAGCCUUAGUGAGCAUAAAAAACGUGUUGUACGAACUGGUAUCAUUAAAGCUGUUAGGGAUAAUGUUGUGACUGUUACUCGGCCUUUCUCAACAUGGAAAACAUCUGUGAUAGCCGAAGAAGAAGAAGUUCUCAAUGCAGUCCAUGUCGAGCCUCCUUUGUCGACGCCUUCACUUCCUUCAAUGCAGCAGCACCUUCAGCGAGUUGAGGCUGCUCGAGAGAGUGUAUCAAAAAUCUUAAAUUCUCAUAUAAGCGAAAUUUAUUGUCACUCAUCUUCUCUAAAGCAUACCUACCUUGUGCUACAAGCUGUGGUCGAUAUCAUGUGCAUUCCUAUUAGCGAUAAUUCAUCGAAUUUUAUCCAAGGUAUUCUUCAGGAGGGAGGAUUUAUUCAGCAAAUAACUUCGUUUGAUGCAAACAGCUUGUCUCAGCAGCAACGUGCAGAUGUGAUUCAACUGUUUGAAAAUUCCGAAAUACUUAAAGACGAGUCGGCUUUAAAAGUACCACAAGCGAUUAUGCCUCUUUUAGAGUGGAUCCAUGCCCAGCUUGAACUUUUUAAAUCAUUGAAAAGUAAAGAAGAUUUUUUUGAUGAGGUAAGCAUGUUCAGUUGUCGAUCUCAUUGGAAUGAUUCAGCUGCUGAUACCUUUGUGAGUAGCUCCUGUCAGGUGAAGAAAUCAGUUCCCUCUUUAUUCGACUCCAGAUUUUCAAUUGAAGAAACGCUACUUCGUAGUGCCAUCUUGAACGUUUAUUCGUGUAAUCCACCCGAAAAUGAUCCUGUCAUACUUCUUUCAGGAAAACUCUGGAGACCUGAGCUGAUGGAGUGUUUGCAGAGACGUAUAUAUGAAAUUUCAACUAGGCAUACGCCUUUUUAUAAGGAUUUUAUGACUUGCAACACUGAAGAAAAUACGAUACAUGAGAUUCAGUAUGAAAACUCUUCUAAGUUGAAACAUGAUCUUAAAGAGCUUGAGGAUAAAUUAACAAUGCAGAAUCUAGAAAGCUGCAUUCUUUCUGGUAGUGAAUCCAAAGUUAAAAACUUUUCCAUUUCUGAGAGAGUUCAAAACGAAAUCGAAGAAAUUCGUGAUUUCCACGAAGUUAAUGAACUUUUGAAGAGUCAUUACUACUUUGUUUUUCAAGGCGAUGGGUGUAUGACAGAAAUGAAUAAUAUGCCUAAGGAGUUACAGAAGGCGUUUACAUCCAAGGUAGCGCAGUGUUGUGGUGUUCCUCUAGAGCAUAUUAUUAAUGUACGUUUUACAGCUAGCUCUUUACGGGUCGAUUUUGAUGUUUUACAUUCAACAACAGUGAGUACCGAUCUUUUACGUGAGAGAUUGUGCGCAGACGAGUUAAGUAUUCUGUGUCUAUUCAAUGUGAAUCUUGGAAGGUUCCCAAUUAGGGUUAUCGACUUGAAAGAAGAUACAUGUGGAUUGCCGAUUGGCGCUACUCAACCAAAAGAGUUGAUUCAGACUGGAUCAUUACUUGGCGACGCAUCUGAGUGUAAAGCUGAUAUUUUUUUAAUGCAACAACAAGGGUUUGAAAGCGAGUUAGAUAAACUCCUAGAUAGGGAAUUCAUUGAUCACGAGCAGGCUGACAAAAUGGUGUAUCUUUCUGAUGCACUAGAUUGUGUACAAAACAUAUUGCAAACUGUCUCGGAUUUUCAACUGAACGAAACAGAAGCAUUACCUCAGACAAAUAUGCAACUGAAUAAUGACAUUAGUGCCCAAGAGGAGACAGUUUUAGUUACACUUUCAGAAUAUCUACACCGAUUCACAGCCCUUGUAAACGAAAAUAAAGUAUUGCAUGAAAAAAUUUCAUCAAAUAUGGAAGAAAAUAAGAAACUUAGGGCUAACAAUGAUCGACUUAAUAAUGAGCUUCGCGAAGUAAAAGAUCAUCUAGGGAGAUUUUACAAAAGCACAUCCUAUGAACCUAUCAGCACGCCAAGUAAACAAGAGGCGUUUGAAUUAGUCACUUCGGAUGAUACGGGGAAGACACAACUUCUACAGGUGGACCAGCUACACAUAAGUUCUACUGAAGACACUCAGCUAGAGAUUCAGCACCAAGCUGAUUUGAAUAAAUCUGAAGAGCUUUCUGGCGUUAAGGAAGCUUUCUUUGAUCUGAGUGGUGAUCUUGACGUUAUGAAUCAGAUAUUUUAUCAACGAGGAAUAGAACCCCAUAACCUAGCUAUAAUUGUCAAUUUUAUUAAAGGACUUAAGGAUGAAGGUAAAAGUUUUAUUAAUAAUAGCUGCAUUUUCGAUUCGUUGCAAAAGGAAAGAGUGUUGCAUGAGGGUGAAGAGACACCCAAACAGUUUUUUUUUUCAAUCAACAUUGAAAAUAUUGAAGUUAUCUGUAAUCUUUUGUGUAUGCUAAUGGCUCUAUACAAGAGCCAUCACGAUAUAGCUGGUAUUUCACUCGAACAUGACACAAAGGAAUUGGAUUCACCUGCGGCUCCGCACGAUUCACAGAAGGGGGGUAUUCCUCCAAAAAUAAAAGGUGAGGCUUCAACAUUAUGUCCCGACCAUUCUAUUGUCUCGAAUAAUAUUGCUUUCCAGUUUAGUGAAAAUUUGUGUGAAAUUUCGCGUCCAAAGGCUGAUUGCGGAAUGUGUGCACAGCUGGAGCAAAAUAUAUUACAAUAUAAACACUAUUGUCAUCGGAUUCAAUGGUGUUAUACUGAAAGUAAAAAAUUGAAUGAUCUGCUUUUAGAGCAGGUAGGUAUGCUCAAGGCAUCCAAGGGAUAG